UGGUCUUCGGGAGACUUCGGUCCUCUUUGUCUUAUUCGGAACCAAUUUUUCUUCUCUGGUUUGAACAUGCAUUGGAACAUGUACCUAUUGAAGUAUUGUUGGUUGCAUACCACCCACUAGUUUUGACAACUAUCGAUAAACAUAACCCAACUUUCCAACCAUUUCUUUAAAUAACACGUGCAAUCACACCACAACAACAUGCCGAAAGUCAAAUCCGAGAAAAAGAGCCGCGUCCACACCGAAAUCGCCAAACAAGGUAUCACCUUCAACAAAAACUUCGGCCAACACAUCCUCAAGAACCCUCUAGUCAUAACCUCAAUGAUCGAAAAGUCUGCCCUUAGACCCCCAGACACAGUUCUAGAAAUAGGCCCCGGAACCGGCAACAUGACCAUCAAACUCCUCGAACAAGUCAAGCAAGUAGUGGCCUGUGAAAUCGACCAUCGCUUAGUCGCGGAGCUCCAAAAACGCGUCCAAAACACCCCGUACCAACAAAAACUCAAAAUCAUGAUCGGAGACGUCCUCAAAAUGGAACUACCGUACUUCAGCGUGUGCGUCGCCAACAUCCCUUAUCAAAUCUCGUCACCUUUGGUGUUCAAGUUGCUGCUGCACCGGCCGUUCUUUCGCUGCGCCGUACUCAUGUUCCAGAAAGAGUUCGCCGAUAGAUUAAUCGCCAAACCGGGAGAUAAGUUGUAUUGUCGCUUGUCUAUAAACACGCAGCUUCUGGCCAGGGUUGACAUGCUGAUGAAAGUGGGGAAGAAUAAUUUCCGGCCGCCGCCGAAAGUGGAGUCGGCUGUGGUGAGAAUCGAGCCGAGGAAUCCGCCACCACCGAUUUCGUAUACGGAAUGGGACGGACUGACGAGGAUAGCGUUCUCAAGGAAGAAUAAAACGCUGGGGAGCGCGUUUCGACAGAGCGUGGUUCUAGCGAUGUUGGAAAAAAAUUACAAGUUGCAUUGUAGUUUAAAUAAUAAGGAAAUCCCGGAGGGUUUUAACAUGAAGGCAAAAGUUGAGGAGAUUUUGGCGAAGGUGGAGGCGGAGCAGAAGCGGGCCCGAGUUAUGGACAUCGACGACUUUAUCGUGUUACUGCACGCUUUUAACACCGAAGGGAUACAUUUUUCUUGAUUAAAUUUUUAUUGCGAA